UUUCUUGCAAUUAUUAAAAAUAGCAAAUUUAUUAAUGAUCUUAAUGCCAAUUUAACCCAACUUUAGCUCUCACAAUUCAUGGCACGAUUUUUGAGCUCCUUCAAAAAAAAAUAAUGACCAAAAAUUAAUUUUAAAAAAAAGUGAGCUUCUAUACCAAUCAAUCCCCAAAAAACCAAAAAAAUAAAAAAGAAUAGUCAACCCGUGGGACCCGCUCCCCCCUCUCCUCUCUGAGAAGAAGUCAAACCACUUUUAACGGAACUAACUGCCGAAGCCUCUCCUUCUCCAUUCUUCCCUUCCUUAUAUAUUUCUCUUCUGCUUUCUUUCCCUUCAUCCUCCAUCGAUUCCAUCUACAUCGAUCUCAUCCUUCCCAAUCGCUUCAUGGCACGGCAACAGCUCCUCCUCAUCGCCGUUCUCACUCUCCUGGCUGUCACAGUCUUCGUCGGUGCCGAUGACUCGACGCCCUCUGCCUCAUCGCCAUCCGUAGGUGUCGACUCCGUACCAAGCGUCUUGACCCCGAUUGCCACAUCGCCGCUCCCGGACAGUGCCGAGGCUCCUUCCGGGGACCAUGGCAUCGAGGAUAGCGAUGCUGGCGGCGUCGGAGCUCCUCUCGGCACCCACCCCACCGAGCCAGAGAGUGAGUCCACCGCCAAGAGUGACGCCUCCCUCAUCGGUGUAACCUCCAAGGCAACUGUCAUGAUCAUUUCUGUUGCUGGCUACUUUGUGUUCUAAGUGGCUUAUGCCAUGAUGUCAUCUCAUUUUGUUUAAGAUAAAGGAGGAUUAUUGAGAAAAUUGCAUUAUGUCUCUAAUGGUCUU